GGUAUUAAUAUUGAAUGAUGAGAAUAUCCUUCCGCCACAGUACGAAAUAAAUCUCUUCCGCUUGGGCGAAGCUAGGUCUGUCACCGACUCGCAUAUAAAAGUUGUUCACUUUUGGCCCGUCCAAAGAAACAAGUUUCUUCGAUGAUGUGCCAACGACCACGUCAGUGCUCCGGUGAGAUUUCGAACCAGAUGAGAAACUGAACACUGCAAAAGAACUGAUCACUUUCCCCCGACUUCCCUGAGCUCCGACAUGUUGCAUUCUCAUCACCAGAUGAGCGGGUAUUUCCUCUCGUCGCGACCGCUGUCGUUGGCGUCCCUGUGCCUGAUUUUUCUGGGCCUCUGCAGCGGCGGGGCUAGCGGGAUAUGGUUCGGCCGGCCCGGGGAAGGUUGGAUGAGGAACCGGGUGAUUUGGCAGCGACCGGGGGUCGAAGAGUCGGGCCCGGUCGUAACCGAGGAUAGGGCCCAGCAUCCAGGCACGGUGAACCGAGACUACUGGUCAACCGCGGGGGAGGAAGACGACAAGAGAAACGGUCAACUAACGUCGAAUGUGCUCUUCAAUUUGAUCAGAGGAAAGGGUCGCACGAGCACAACCAAACGCAGCGCUGAAUGCGAGUCGAAUGAGUUCCGCUGCGACGAUGGAAGUUGCAUACCCGAAACGCUACAGUGUAACGGGGAACCAGACUGCCUUCAAGGGACAGAUGAGGAUGAAUGCGAAUUUCCCAACAGGCAGGUAGCCGCCUGGAUUUCCGGCGACCGGCGGGUCGCCGGCUAUCCCACUGCUGAGCGCGUCCCCAACAACGAGCUGGAGCAGUUCAGCAACUGCGUUCAGAAGCUCAUUUACGGAUUACGUGUUGCAGGGCUGUCCACUCGCGCCCCAAACUGCUCAGUGGGGUUCAAAAAGUGCGCCCUCCAGGAGAAGUGCUACGACAUUCGUUACACGUGUGACGGUCACCCUGAUUGCUUGGAUGCAUCUGACGAGCUUAACUGUGCCUCGAUCCUCUGCCCUGCAGCCGGCUACAUUAAGUGCGAAGACGGGUGGCAAUGCUACAAUGGGGCUCAUACGUGUGACGGCUGGGUGGAUUGCCGAGAUGGUUCUGAUGAGAAAAAUUGUGGACACAGACCGUGUCUCGGUGUUAACCAAGUAAAGUGUGCCGAUAAGGAACAGUGCUACAGAGAAGACUACACCUGUGACGCGAUCAUCGACUGUGCUGACGGCUCCGAUGAACACAACUGUUCCACAUUUCACUGCGGGCAUGGAUUCAAGAAGUGUGCCAACGGCCUACAAUGCUUCAGCACAUCGAAGCAGUGUGACGGUAUUGUCCAGUGCGUGGACGGAAGCGAUGAAGCAGACUGCCCGAUCCAAGAGGGGAAUAACGGAUCUUUGAAUAACUCGUCUCCAGUAGCACCCGCGUGGCAUUGCCAACAUGAGCCUUGCGCAGACGGCUCCAAAUGUUACCUUGCAAACCUUCGCUGUGACGGUAUUUCCGCCUGUGAUGAUGGCAGCGACGAGUGGGGCUGCGCAACAUUCUCGUGCCCUGCUCACAAAGUCAAAUGUGAGGACAGAUCACAGUGCAUUUGGGAGGAGUGGCUAUGUGAUGGAGAGGUGCAUUGCAAUGACGGCAGCGAAGAACGAGGUUGCUCAACCUACGUUCCACACUUCAUUGACGAGGUGGGAUCAACUGAAUAUGUGGAGGACCUCAAUGCAACCACCGCGUCCACCUUUCCGACUGCCGCAGCAAACACACAAUUACCUACCACUUCCAUCACUCUGGGAGAAACACAUUUUGACAACACAACCGCAAGCGGUGAACCUCCUGACGACUAAAAAUAAUUUAUGUCUCAAACACUCAGCGUAGACUAGAAUCAGAAGAUAUAAUCUGGCUGUGAAAUGAUUUCACCCAAACUAUGUUGUACAUUUAUUUCACUUUAAUUUAUUUAAUUUUGUAUGUAUAUAGACGAUAUCAGUUAGAGAGCUUGUCUUUUGAGGUAAAAAUCGUUGGGCGUUUUACAGCAAAAAUGUACGCAUAUUCAGUGGAGAAAUAUUGGCCUACGUCCUAUGGUAAUGUAAAAGUAGGUCUACAGACAAAAAAGGUUGAAUAUUUAAAUUAAACACAUAGAAAGUCAUUAAUUUACUUUGGAGGAAGGAGAGGCCCUAUAAAACUGCUAGGCACGAUUGAAAGUUAUGGGCUCUUUUGUGAACCCGUCUCGUACUCUUUACAUAUGAUUUUGCGUAUUUUUUGCGUUCCAACAGAAUGAGAAAAAAGGUAACACGGUUCAAAUAAUAUUAUGUUUAUAAGUUUCUGGGGUACGGGUCAAGUUUCCUUAGAAAAGUUCCAUUCUAAGAAUCUUAAGAAUAAAGAAGAAAAUUCAGAUUGUCUGAAAACACCAACUUCACAAAGCUUGGAAAUGUAGUCUUGACCUAAGCAAAUGAUGUUGAUUGUCCGCAGCAAGUAUAUGAGCAUAUCUGUUGAACGCUGGGAUAAUAUACCUCUACACAAGAGUAUUUUCGUGUUUACGACCAAUGCCUGUGAUACACAAUUUACAUUUGAGGUAUCUUUUUUACAAGCUGGAUUGGUUGCGGUAAUGUUUAGGCCAAAAUGAAGCGUUCGGGGCAGCAAAAUUACUUUUAAAGAGUUACGGAAAAAAGAUCUUUGCAGUAGCACAGUGAAGCAUGGCAUCUUUGUCAUGGCAUUAAAUUGCGUAAUGAAAAGCUAUAUUGAGCAUGUGAGCUUACAAAUCGCCCGUGUAUCUAAUACAAGAAUGCAUAACUAUAAUGAUCCGACGUGGGCUGUACAGCAAAGACGUCACCCAAGACACUGGAUGAGCCCUAUGCAGUCAUGAAUUAUAGACGCCUGGAAUGAACGUUUUGUGCACAGCAUGUACCUAUAAAAGAUGCAUCGCUCGUAAGAGCAAGACGACUAUGACAGUUCAUAUCUUCUCACGACGUCGACGAUCAAACAUACCGCACAAGCGACCGCUUUUUGCAUUAUUAAUCUCUGAAAUUGGCUAAACCAUAGUUAUUGAUUGCCGAGUGUCUCAAGGGCUCCGAGACAAAACUUCGCCUUCAAUAUUUCAGACAAACUAACCGCUUGAAAGGUCGUCCAACAAUGGUAAAUCGAUUUAUAAAAAAGUCAUAUGACUGUGGUCCUGUUCAUGCUAUGUGUCUUACGUGUAAAACGACUGCAUAUUGUCAGACAUGGCUCAGAGGGAAAGGGUAAACUCAUGACAAAGUGACACCACAGUAAUUCAGUGCAGAACUGAAGAAGAACCCGCUUGUGCGGCGGUUUUUCUUUGUACAAGGCCCCUACACGUAUUUAAAUGUUGUUUUUUAGGUUUGAAUCUAAUGUUUCACUGCGGCAGGUCAUGCAAAAAGCCAAAAAUCCUAAGUCUCAAAGGCACGGCCAACCUUGAUGUAUUUUUAAAUCAAAAGCUAUACAAUCGUAGAGAGUUUAUUUGCAAUCACGUUUGGGGAAAGAUGACACUAGACUGUGAAAGAAUCUGUCAUUUUUGCAAACUAUUUUGUCUAAACCACUGGGAUGUAUGAACAGCUGACUGUAAAUGUAAUGAACCUACCAAAGUUUGCUAAAUUUCCCAGCAAGCAUGUCUUACACAGUACUUUAAGCAUCAGUGUAACUAAACGUUGUUCAGUAUACUUGUCCACGACACCGUUUGCUUGUGUUAAACGUUUUGCUCGUUUUGUGUUACGAAAUUCGAGGGAAAAAAUAAAAGUUGAGAAUGCAAGAAAAAUAA